UUUUUUUUUUUUUUUUUUUCUGGAGGGUUGUAGACAGGGAGAAAGUGGAUGUACCUCCGGCGGGACGUUUUCAUCGGAGAACCUCGGUGGAAAGUUUUGUUUCUUCGCUUCUUCCCUUUCUCCAGCGCGUCGAGGCGGAGCCCGUGGUAAUGCAGUGAAGACCGACUUUUUCGGGGGGAUAAAAAGCAGGGCAGGGGGCUGCAGCCCUCUCAUCGUCUCGACGCUAUGCCGUGGGUCAGCGGCGGUAAGCGGAGAGAGAGCUCCGAGCUGCCGCUGCCCGCGGGCUGGGAGGAAGCCCGGGAUUACGACGGCAGAGUGUUUUAUAUCGACCACAACACCCGGCAAACUUCAUGGAUUGACCCCAGAGAUAGGAUCACCAAACCGCUGACAUUUGCUGACUGCGUUGGAGAUGAACUCCCUCUCGGGUGGGAGGAAGUUUAUGACCAGCAAGUGGGAGUUUACUACAUUGACCACAUUAACAAGACCACCCAGAUUGAGAACCCGCGGACUCAAUGGCGACAGGAGCAGGAGCGCAUGCUGAAGGAGUACCUUGUGGUGGCCCAGGAGGCCCUCAAAGCCAAGAAGGAGAUGUACCUGGUCAAGCAGCAGCGCCUGGAGCUGGCUCAGCAGGAAAUGUUGCUCUUCCAUGAGCUCUCUGAGGACAACCGCUCCAUCACCAGCACGCUCUCUGGCUCGUCCUCAAAUGCGAAAUACGACCCUGACCAAAUCAAAGUGGAAGUAGCCUGUAGACGAGAGCGGCUCUCCAGACUGAAGCAGGAGCUGGCCCAGGUGAAGCAGGAGCUGCAGUAUAAGGAAAUGGGAGUGGAGACCCUGCAGGAGAUUGACAGGAAGAUGUCCUGCAGCCAGACGAACUACAAGCUGGACGAAGCUCAGGCCAUCUUCAACGAGCUACGGAGCAUCAAGAAGGCCAUCAGCACGGGCGAGAAGGAGAGGCAGGACCUCAUCCAGAGUCUGGCUAAGCUGACGGUUAACUUCCAAAGCAGCCUGUCAAUCAGCGACUCGGCCGGCGAAGUGGCCAACAGCACUGGAACUGUGGGUGACUCGUGCAAUCUGCAGCAGUAUUGUGACACUGGCUGUCAGACUGACGUCAUGGGAGAGUAUGGUUCCCAAGAUUCCUCGCAUUUGGUGGACAAAGUGAAACUCAACUGGCAGUAUGAGGAAGCCAAGAAAAAGGUGCAGAGUAUACAGCACCAGCUAGCACAGCUGGACAGUGAGAGCUGGUCAGGGCGGGCCGAAGCGGACCGCGACCGGGACUUCAUGCAGCUCCUGCGCGAGAAGGAGGCCCUGCUGCAGGAGCUCAUCCUGGUCAGCAAGCAGCAGCACCCGCAGGAGACGCUGCUGCAGCUCGAGGAGGAGCGUUCCAGGCUGGAGGAGGAGGUGCAGAGGGCCCACAGCUCCCAGAGCCAGGGAGCCAAUCAGAGGAUCCUGCAGCAGGAGAAGAGGAACGCUCUGCUGAGACAGCUGGAGGAGGCAACACGCAUCACCACCUACCUUCACUCCCAGCUGAAAAGCCUGUCAGCCAGUUCUUUGACGGUGUCGUCCAGCAGCAGCCGCGGCUCUCUCGCCUCCAGUCGGGGCUCCUUGGCGUCCAGCCGAGGCUCGCUGAGCUCCAUCAGUUUCAGCGACAUCUACGGCCUCCCCCAGUACGAGCGCCACGAGGGGGCCGCGGAGCCGCUUGACCCCCACCUCCGCUACCUGCUACCCCUGGAGACCGUGUCCAGAGACUGCUCCAUGUUCACUCCUGAGCCGCUCAUCCAGAGCAAAGCCAAGCGCUCCCACGACACCCCGCAGUCCCUGGCCUCCCUCUCCUCCCGCUCCUCGCUCUCCUCCCUUUCGCCGCCCAGCUCUCCCAUGGACACGCCCUACCACUCCGCCCCUCAGGACUGCCCUCUCACCCAGAUGACGGAGGAGUACAUGGAGCAGGCGGGCCGCGGUCUGCUGGAGGGGCUGCGGGCGCAGUCGCAAACCCUGUCGCACACCGCCAUGUUGAGCGGCGAGGACACGGUGACGCCCGCCGCCCUGCAUCAACUGGAUAACAAGAUUCACAGAGACAGCGGGGCUCAGGCGCCUUUCACCUCUACAGGAGUGACUCUGAGGGGAAACAGUGCCAACAGGAGUGGCAGGAGAGCCAGGAGAGUCUCUGUAGGUGUUUCUGAGGAUGCUCUGGCCACAGACAGCGGCGUGUUUGAGGCCUGGGGCAGGAGGGCAGAGGAGUUCGACGAGAUGUCGUACGUGAAAGAGCCGACGUCUUUGAGCGAGCCCACCCAGAUCCAACUGGGACUCCUGUGGGAGUCCACGUCGCAGUCUCUCCGACUGCAUCUGCUACAGCUCAAGAAUCUGAACACGUCAGUUGUGAGAGACGGCUGCAAAGUGUACGUGAAGGUGCAUUUGAUUCCACUGGACGCCGGCCGGGCCUGUGCGUUUUACUGUUGUACAGCAUUGGAGCCACAAUGUCAGAUGAGUUUCAAUGAAGGCUUCCGCAUUCCUGUCCCUGCAAAUGCCCUGGCGGUGUGUGCUCUGCAGCUGUCUGUCUGCUCGCUGGGACCUCAGGCUCAGGAGGAGCUGCUGGGCACGGCCCAGGUGAGCUUGGCCAACUGCGAGGGAAGUUCAGAGAUGGUUUACCACUGGCUGCGAGUUCAGAUGCUGAGCGGGACGGAGUCGCAGAGGCCUGAACAGAAGAGCCUCGGCCACCGUAGACACCACAACGGCCAGGAUGACGAGCAAAGGGCCAGAUCUAUGGACCCUGCGUGCAGUCCGCUGUCACGCGCCACCGUUCCCAGCAACACCCCGACCCCCCGCCUGGAGGAGCGGGACGCGGAGACGGACCUGCAGAGGCCGGAGAAGAAGGACGAGCGGGGGGAGGCGGCUUCCGAGAGGAGCUGGCAGGCGGAGUCGGUGGACAGCGGUUGCAGCAACAGCACGGCGUUUGCGACUCCCUGCUCGGAGGGCCUGUGCGCGGAGGGCAUCUGCAUCACCACUGGAGAGCGCUGUGAUCAGACACCCAGCAAACUGGCCACUAUAAAGGUGGAGAAGGCCACCAUGACCGAGGGCCUGUUCCCGGAGCCGGUGCGAGUCCGGCCCAAAGAGAGAGGGGGACGCUGGGGUCACGCGUCGCCGUUCAUGCGAGGCAGCACCAUCGUCCGCUCGCAGACCUUCUCACCCGGGGCUCGCAGUCAGUACGUCUGCAGGUUAUAUCGUAGUGACAGCGACAGCUCAACCUUACCAAAGAAAUCGCCUUUUGUCCGAAACACGCUGGAAAGGAGAACGCUGCGAUACAAGCAGCAGUCGUACCGCUCCUCCCUGGCCGAGCAGCCGACACGCACCUCCCUGGACCUGGAGCUGGAUCUCCAGGCCUGCAGGACCCGCCAGAGGCAGCUGAUGGAGGAGCUGAGCGCCCUGAGAGAGCUGAAGCUGCGCCUGGAGGAUCCGCAAUCCAGAGAGGCCACCGAGCUCCCCCACUGGGCCCUGAGGGACGAGCGCUUCCGCUGCCUGCUCAGAGAGGCCCAGAGACAGGCCAGCCAAAGCAAGCAGGAGCAGCUUCAGGAGGAGGCGGCAGAGAGGAGGCUGAGGAAGGCUUCCAAAGAGGUCCUGCAGAUGAGAGGGCAGAGCCAGAAGGAGCCGCUGCCCGUGCAGACAUUCAGAGAGAAGAUGGCUUUUUUCACAAGACCAAGGUUCAACAUACCUCCUUUGCCGGCUGACGAUGUAUGAGAGCUUGCCUCUGUAUUAUGUGACUAAACAUGAAGUAUUUGUCAAAUUUUCUGAGCUCAUGAAGUACAAAGCUCUUCCUACUAAGGACACGGGCAAGCCGACACACAGAUGAUGAAGACUCGCAGUUAUCAGAAGCAUUUGAGCGGCUGUUACAGACGUGAACGCGCUAGACACAGUUAUCGACAACGGCUCGACUGGUCAUUUCCUUUUUGGGGAGAGUGACUUUCAGACUUUACUCCUGUAUGAGCUACUUCUGUUUGUGCUUACAAAAAGGCUGGAAGACGGGAACAAAAGUCGGUUUGGACAAAUUCACUGUACUGUAACUUAUUUUAUAGUACUUUUCCUUGAAGGAAAUAAAACAAAAAACGCUUCCUGCUUUUUAAAUGUCAUGUUGUAGCUUUGAACAAAUAGCACUUCAGUGUUUUUACAUACAGUAAAAUGGAACUAUUGACUCGUUGUUGUUUCUCUUACCUAAUUCUUAAGAGUUAUUUACAUAAAAUGUCACUUUGUAAUCGACUUUUAUUACAGAUGUUAUUGUUAUUUUGUUGUUAUUAAAAUUAAUAUUAUUUCAUUUACUUUUCAAUAUACGGAUGGCUAUAUGAAACCCUGUAUUCAGAUAUUUUCUAUGAUGUCUGUAUGAACAUCUGCAGUGUUACCUCUUGUGAAGAUAAAAAUCAUUAAUCCACA